UGUAAAGAUGUUGAGGGUAGAUAUAGAAAAACAAUAAAUCAGUCGAUACUCAGCUCCUCUUUGAUUUAACACCUCUCGUAUAUAUUAUAAAAUUACCUGGCGCAGCCGGUAGGAUUCUGGAAAUUUUAAGCUAAGCUAGUUUAAAAGUGGUGUUAAGACUAUAUCAGUGAAAAGAUUUAAACAGUUAUCAAGAAAGUGCAAAGUGUACGUUCAAAAUGAAUAACACGUUACAACCGCCGCCGCCGUUUCGUUUCGACGACUCUGUGAGCAACGUUACAUCGGGCAAUAUAACGCGAGAGUGGAGCAAGUGGAAAAACAGUUUUAAGAUUUACAUGAAAGCGAUCAAGCUGGAUAAGGAGACACCGGAUGUGCAGGUCAACGUAUUGCUGCACGUAGCUGGCGAGAAGUGUCAAGAAAUCUUUGAGCAAUUUAAUGAACAAUUCAGGACGGCUGAAGAUUUACUCAUAAAGUUCGACGGAUAUUUUGGUGGUAAAAAGAACCUAACGAUCGAGAGGCAUAAAUUUUUUGGACGCAAUCAACAGGAUUGUGAAUCUAUGGAGCAAUAUAUUACUGAGUUAAGUAAACUCUCAAUGUCUUGUGAAUUCCAAAGUUUACGCGAAGACUUGUUAAAAGACAGGCUAAUAUAUGGCAUUAGAGAUGACGGCCUCCGCGAAAGGCUAUUGAGGGAGCAAGACCUUACUCUCAAUAAGUCUAUCGAAAUAUGUAAGCUAGCGGAAAUGUCGAGAGCACAGGCCAGUAUGAUUAAAAGAGACAAUCUACGAGAGCAAGUACUUGAAGUGAAGACAGAAGGUCAUGUACAUGCAAUUCAGCGGUCUCGCGGCUAUCUCGGGACCGGUAACAUGGUGUGUACGUGUGGCAUAAACCAGGCCGGCAGUUCGGCGCGCCCGGUAAACAGUGAGCGUGCCACCGGCAGCCGGCAGCGCGGCAGCGCCGGGCGCGCGGUGACGUCAUCUCAACGGUCGAAGAGCGCAGCGCGACCUGUUCAGUGGCAGCGCGGCGCAUGCGGUUAUUGCGGCACUGUGCACUCGAGAUUCGAGUGCCCGGCGUACGGGAAAACAUGCAGAAAGUGUAACAAAUUGAACCAUUUUUCAAAAAUGUGUCGUGCGGGUCAUAUCCAUACCGUGCAGGAGGACACCUCGGAUCGGGACAGUGAGGCCUCCUGAGCGGUAUGGAUACUCCUAAGGCAGGGGUAAGAAAUUUAUAAAAUCUAAUAGUUGCACAAUUGUUACGGAAGGUUUUUGCUGGUUUUUGUUAUUGUUUAAUUUCCAUUAAUUUUAGUGUUGUUGUAGUUAGUAUGCCCUGUAGUAUGUAGUAUUCAAAAAAAAAAAAAAAAAA